GAUAUAAACAAAAUAUAAUAGUUAAUAAUUAAAAUAGUAAAUACAAUUUAUAGUUAUUUAUUCUUAAAUUUAAACACAAUAAAUGUGUAACAUUAGGAAUAGUUGAAGAACAAUGUAUUAAUUACUUUAUAUUUUAAUUAUUAUUAUUUCGUUGUACUAAAAAUAUUUAUAAUUAAGCUUCAAUAACUCUAUAUAAUGUGUGGAAUAUCUAGAAGUUUGAAAAACGUACCCAAAACUUCAUAUUUUAUUACAACACCAAUAUUUUAUGUCAAUGCAAGCCCUCAUAUUGGACAUCUUUAUAGUGCUUUAAUUGCCGAUGCUUCUGCGAGGUUUCAAAAGCUCAUAAAUCCCAGUAUAAAUAUUCUCUUUAGCACUGGUACCGACGAACACGGUCUGAAAGUGCAAAAGGCUGCCGAAGCGAAUAAAAUGUCUGUAGAUAAAUACUGCGACAUAAUUUCCAACAGUUAUCGAAGCACAUUCCAAACGUUCGACGUCGGUCACACGUCUUUUAUCAGGACCACGUCGGAUAGGCAUAAGAAGUGUGUAAGUCGAUUUUGGGACAAAAUACGACCUCACAUGACCGAAGGCAAGUACACAGGAUGGUAUUGUAUGGCGGAUGAAACGUUUUUAUCGGAAGACCAAAUCGAACGGACCAACGAUGGUGUCCGGGUGAGUAAAGAAUCCGGACGACCCGUGGAAUGGGCAGAAGAAGACAAUUAUAAAUUUGACUUGCGCCCGUUCAAGGAAGACCUUCAAAACUGGUUAAGUGAUCCGCACAGGAUAAAACCAAAAGUAUUCCACGAUAUACUGUGCAGGGAAGUGAACGAUUUGUACGAAAUAUCGCUGUCGAGACCGAAGAGCCGGGUGGAUUGGGGCGUACCGGUGCCCGGCGACAGUGGCCAAACCGUUUAUGUAUGGUUAGACGCUCUUGUCAACUAUUUAACCGUGUCCGGUUACCCGGACGGGGGUUUUUGGCCUCCGGACGUGCACGUGUGCGGCAAAGACAUUCUGAAAUUCCAUGGUGUGUUUUGGCCGAUAUUUUUGAUUGCUGCCGGACUGCAGCUACCAAAGCGGAUUUUCGUACACUCCCACUGGAAAGUCGACGACGAAAAGAUGUCGAAGACCAAAGGCAACGUAGUGGACCCCGUCGGAGCCGGCCGCGCAUACACAGAGUCGGGCCUCAGGUAUUUCCUCCUCCGAGAAGGUACCGCACACAGCGAUGGUAACUACAGCGAUGUCAAGAUCAGAAGAAUACUGAAUUCCGAGUUGGCCGACACCAUGGGCAAUCUUUUGAACCGUUGUUGCGGCAAAGCUAUAAAUCCCCAUCUAAUCUACCACAAAUCCAAUCCAGAAGCCUUUAUGAACCUGUCGACUGACCCGAAUUUCAGAGAACUCGACCAACGGUUGAACAAACUCGCCGACGUUGUAGCCGGUCAUUACGAAGAGUUGAACUUUUACAAAGGAAUAGAUGAAAUCGUAGCCACAUUGCAAUGCUGUAAUCGAUUUUUCGAACAUAACAGACCUUGGGAAUUGGCCAAAAGCGACGACUUGGACAAAUUGUCGUCUAUACUACACGUUACUUUAGAAACAUUAAGAAUGUCCGCAAUAACUCUGCAACCCAUUGUACCCGCGUUGGCCGAUAGGUUACUAAAUAAAUUAAACGUAGACAAUCGAAAUUGGGAUCAAAUAAAGCCCAAUUGGAUCGACAAUAAUGAAAUUGUUAAUCCUAAUUGUUUACAAAAUAAAAACAUAAUAUUGUUUAAAAGACUAAUAAUUAGUUAAAUGUUAUAUUCGUUAAAUAUUGUAAAUGUGUUGAAAUUAAAAAAAAACAAUAAUAAUAGUUAUUCAAAAUGUUAUUGUUGUGUAUUGAUAAAUAAUGAAAUACCUACUUUUACGAUGUUAUAUUAUUUGACAAUCAAAUGGGUAGUUCAUUCAUUAAGGUUUUAGUACUUCGCAGUUAGGCCACGCUGAACUUUGAAUUGUUCGACUAAUAAGAAUUUUUUUUUCUAAAAACGUUUCCAUGAGAAAUAUAACAAUGUGUUAAUCGUGUUAAUAAUAAGAAGAAGAUAAGAAAUAUAACAUACAAAAACUUUUUUUUUUUAUGCAUGUUUGUUAGAGAUUUCACAUCUUGGGCGCAAACCUAAGAUAUGGGUAAAGUGACUAUACAGAUAAAAUGACGUAUGUAGUCAUAACUCAUAAAUAAUCUAUUUGUAGUAGAAAUCAUUUUAUAUUAUCCCAUUAGAAUAUAAAAUUUUAAACUAAAGGAUGUCCCAAAAUUAAAAAAUAAUUA